UUGCAGUUACAGCUCCUGCAACUCUCUUCUUCCCUCAAUUUUCACUUUGCAUUUCGCUAUUUUGCAUAGCUCAUGACCUUAAAGUUUUCCCAAUUGCGUCAAAGGUAUGCGUAAUUUCACCAAACCCCUUCCCCCAAUUUAGGGUUUUUGAAAAACUUCAAUGGUGAUUGAGUAGAAUUAGCCUUCUGGUCCAACUUGCAUUGUUGUUUAGAAUUUUCAUUUUUCCUUUCUUUUGUUCAUGUAAUGGGGAAUGUUGAAAUCCCCAAUUGGCUCAAAGGGUUGCCACUUGCACCGGAAUUUCGCCCUACUGAUACUGAAUUCGCCGACCCAAUUGCUUAUAUUUCGAAGAUUGAGAAGGAAGCUGGCAACUUUGGGAUAUGUAAGAUUAUCCCACCGUUGCCUAAACCUUCAAAAAAAUAUGUUUUUUCUAAUUUGAAUAGUUCCCUCUUGAAGUACCCGGAUUUGGGUACAGAUAACAGUUCCUUAGGUGUUUGUGAUUCUUCGAAAAUGGGUUCUAGGGAUAGUGGUAGUGAUGGGGUGUUGCGAGCUGUGUUUACUACAAGGCAUCAAGAACUGGGGCAGAGUGUGAAAAAAGCCAAAGGGACAGUUCAGAAUCCAAUGUCAUGUGUUCAAAAGCAAGUAUGGCAAAGUGGGGAGCUCUAUACAUUGGAACAGUUUGAGUCUAAAUCGAAGUCUUUUGCUAAAAGUGUGCUGGGUAUGGUGAAGGAUGUUUCUCCACUAGUUAUAGAGGCUAUGUUUUGGAAGGCAGCUUUAGAAAAGCCUAUAUAUCUGGAGUAUGCCAAUGAUGUGCCUGGUUCUGCUUUUGGAGAAUCCAAGGGUCAUUUUCGUUAUAGUCAUAGAAGGCAAAGAAAACGGAAUUCUUAUAAGAGAAGAUUGGAAAACUCUGAUUGUAAACAAACUGAAACAGGUAGCUCAAGAGAUGCCCAAAGUGAUGAGACUAAGGGUGCUUUUGCCCAAAGUCUUGUAGAGACAUGUUUACAGAUGUCCAAAUCAGCUACGAAUGUGUCAACUUUCUCACCAAAUGAACCUUCACAGUCUUCUAAGGAAAAGAGCUCAGAUGCCAGCAAUGAUAUGCAAGGCACUGCUGGUUGGAAGCUUUCAAACAGUCCUUGGAACUUGCAAGUUAUUGCACGCUCAUCCGGCUCGCUAACACGUUUCAUGCCGGAUGAUAUUCCUGGUGUUACUUCCCCCAUGGUAUACAUUGGUAUGCUGUUCAGUUGGUUUGCCUGGCAUGUAGAGGAUCAUGAGCUUCACAGCAUGAACUUUCUUCACACUGGCUCAUCAAAGACUUGGUAUGCUGUUCCUGGAGAUUAUGCCUUUGCUAUUGAGGAAGUCAUCCGCUCUGAGGGUUAUGGUGGUAAUAUUGAUCACUUAGCUGCUUUGAAACUUUUGGGUGAGAAAACAACUCUUUUGUCACCUGAGGUGGUUGUUGCAUCUGGGAUUCCUUGUUGCAGGUUAGUACAGAACCCUGGUGAAUUUGUCGUGACUUUUCCAAGAGCUUAUCAUGUAGGAUUCAGCCAUGGUUUUAACUGUGGGGAAGCUGCUAACUUUGGAACUCCACAAUGGCUUAGAGUAGCUAAGGAAGCUGCGGUUCGUAGAGCUGCAAUGAACUAUCUUCCCAUGCUUUCCCAUCAGCAACUUCUUUACUUGCUUACCAUGUCUUUUAUUUCAAGAGUGCCAAGAACAUUAUUACCUGGUGUGCGUAGUUCUCGUCUGAGAGACCGUCAGAAAGAAGAAAGAGAGUUUUUAGUAAAACAGGCUUUUAUAGAAGAUAUGCUGCAGGAAAACAAGCUGCUAUCAAUUCUUCUUGGAAAGAAAGAGACUAAACAAGCGGUUUUAUGGAAUGCUGAUUUACUACCAGAUUCCAGCAAAUAUUGUCAAUUGCCUGAUUUAGCUUCUACUACUGGAACUUCUACAGCAUACAUGUCGAAUAUUAGUUCUGCAGAUAAGAGUAGUCACAAUCUGCUUGAUGAGAUGAGUUUGUAUAUGGAGGACAUGACUGAUUUAUAUCUUGAUGGUGAUGACCUUCCAUGUCACUUCCAAACUGAUUCAGGAGCAUUGGCUUGUGUGGGUUGUGGAAUCCUUGGUUUUCCGUUUAUGACUGUGAUACAACCAUCUGAGAAAUUGAUAAUGGAUCAUCUAGCUCAAGAUUCCUCUCUGAACUCUGCUGCCUCCCUUCAGAGCUCAGUCUCAAGGGAUCUUUCUGUUUCUGAACUUUCUUCAGCAAAGGAGUCGCCUGAUCAAUCAAUAAAGAAGUGCAAUCCUUCCAGUAAAUUUUUGAGGCCAAGGAUUUUCUGCCUGGAGCAUGCUGUUCAGAUAGUGGAGAUGUUGCAGUGCAAAGGUGGAGCCAAUGUGCUUAUAAUUUGCCAUUCAGACUAUCAGAAAAUAAAGGCACAUGCUGGGGCAGUUGCAGAAGAGAUACAUAGUGCUUUUGGUUAUAACGAGGUUCCAUUAGAUACUGCUUCCUCAGAAAAUUUGACUCUGAUAGAUAUGGCAAUUGAUGGUGAAGAACAUGAUGAAUGUGAAGACUGGACAUCUAAAUUAGGCAUUAACCUACGCUAUUGUGUCAACUCAAGAAAUAUCUCUCCAUCUAAACAAGUUCCUUGGACACUAGAAUUAGGGAUGCUGUUCUAUGAUAAACGUCCUGGUUCAGAAUUUUCAUCUUUAAAUUGGCAGUCACGGAGAUCUCGGUCCAAAAGGUUAAAUCAUUUAGCUCAGACUAAACCCUAUGACAGCAUUCAGAGAAAGAAGGAUGAUCAGUUGGAGGGAAGGACAGAUGGUUCCACUACUAAAAAGAAGCUAAUUCAAUAUUCAAGAAGGAAGUUCAAGUCAAAGCAAAGUUGUUUCUCUGUAGCAAGCAUGGUCCAUGAAUUCCAAGAAAAGUCCAAAAAUGUGUCAGCUGUCUUGAGUGGGGAUCAUGAUGAUUGUGUUUCUGAAAAAGAGCCUGACACUGAGACUUUCAGGAGUAAUUGUGAAUUGUCAUGUGUCUCUGCUUCUACUGCAAUGUCUCCUAUGCAUCAUGAAAUCCAGAUUGCGGAGUUGCCCACUAGUGUGAGCUUGAACAAUGCUACUUCACAACUUCCAAAUUCCAUUCCUGAUCCUAUUUUAAUGAUUGAAAAAAUUGGGGCAGAGAUUGAGAAUCAAAUCAUGCAUGAAUUAGAUAUAGAUGGAAAAAAUGAUUUAACACUUGAUCAUUCUAAGAUGCAUUACAAUAGCAGUGUCUCAGAAGUAUGUGGCAUAGAGAGCCACGGUUGUCAGGACAAGAAAUAUUCUAGCUCACUCACAAAUGCAACAGACAAAAAUAUUGAAAUGUUUAGAAAGAAUCAAGUUACAGAAGUAAUUACCAUUGAUAGCAAAUGUAAUAGCUUAGGUUUAGAUGAUGAGGGCCAUGAAGAAUGUCAGUCUACCUGCAAAAGCAACAAUGAGGAAACUGCUUUAUCUACUGCUUCCUUGGUAAAUCAACCUACUCUUGCCUCUAUGGAUGGAAGUUUUGAAAGUCCAAAUAAUAAUAAUGCUCCAGACAGAGUUAGCAAUGCUAUGUCUUUAAAAGAGACAACUGGUGAAGAAAUUAAUUCUUUGAAUGAAAGGGACAAAGAACCUCUAAAUGAUGAUAAACCAAGAAGUGAACAUACUCCAAAUGGAGAAGUUUGUGAAGUUCCAAGAGAGCUUUGUGCUGUUGCAGACUUGCAUGAAACAGUAAUCUUGAAUGAAGAGAUGCAGCAAGAAACCCGGGUUGGGAAAGGUAACAAAAGUGAAAAUAUUCAGCCCACUCAUGUUUCAGCAAAACAAUGGUGUGAAUUCACAAGAGGGGAAUAUGCUGAGCAGUUAAAUGAUGAAAUGAUUUCAGAGUCUGUAAAGCAGUGUCAGACCCAGAAUAAGAAUAAAGUUAAUGAGGAACCUGUUUCUAGUUAUGUUGCAAAAGGUGAAAAUAGAAGUUUAACUAUCUCAGAAUCAGGAUGUUCUGAUGUUUCAGUGGAAACCGGUCCUCAAGAAGACUCGAGUGUUCAAGUUAUUUCACAUAAAGAAAAGGAAAUCGAAAUCCAGCCAAUUAAUAUAAUUGAAGAGGAACUUUGCUCUGGUACUGAGACAUCAGUAAAGGACUCUUCUGUAUCAAUGCAGGAAUGUUCUGAAAAUGAGGAAGAGACGUGUGUUAGAGAAGACGUGGAUGGAUGCGAAGUUCAUUCCUCACAAGAUAAUAGGGAGCUGGAAAGUCGCGAGUUGAAUGCAGCAGUUCCGAGAUCAAAUGCUGGAAAGAGAAAAAAGAGGCAAGUGGAACAGACAACAAAGAACGAAUUCGAUUGCUACAACUUUAUUAGAAGUCCAUGUGAGGGGCUGAGGCCAAGAGCUGGGAAGAUUACCAGGGGCAAAAGUGAGGGGGGCAUCAGUCAAAAUGACAAGGAAAAUCAUGUAGCUAAAAGGGCGCGGAGAGCUUCUGAAGUUUUGGUUCCUCACAAGAAUAAAAAAGAUGAUGUUAAAAAGCCCCACAGGUGUGACCUUGAUGGUUGCCAUAUGAGUUUCAUGACCAAGGCUGAGUUACGGACACACAAACGUAACCUUUGCCCACAUAAAGGGUGUGGUAAGAAGUUCAGCUCCCACAAAUAUGCUAUGCUUCACCAGCGCGUGCAUGAGGAUGAGAGGCCUCUUAAGUGUCCAUGGAAAGGUUGUUCCAUGUCAUUCAAGUGGGCAUGGGCAAGGACAGAGCAUAUAAGGGUGCAUACUGGGGAGAAGCCUUAUCAAUGCAAGGUUGAGGGAUGUGGCCUUUCUUUCAGGUUUGUAUCAGAUUUUAGCAGGCACAGACGGAAAACUGGGCACUAUGUGAAAUCUGCUGCUUGAGAUACAAUAUUCAUUUCGGUACCUCUUUAUUUUUUAGUUUGUAAGGUGCACAUAUGCAAUUAGAUUCGUGAGAAGUGAGGCAUAGAGUAAUGUCUGACCAUAAAGCAUUGCUGGUUAGGUGUAAAUUUAGGAUAGAAUGGUUGUUUUUGUAGGUGCUCAAUAUCCAAUUUAAUUGAAGGCAGUUAGAGUUGGUAAGUUUCAGAGAGUUUUGAUCUUUCGGGAUUAUUAGACAGAAGAUCUAGCAAGAGUCUGUAUAGGAGGGAAAACUCUCCAUUAGAGAGUGCUACAUCAUGUUGUUUGGUCAUAUCUCUGCUGGCUUACUUUUUUUGAUUGCCUGUACUUAUGGUUCUUUCGAAGCAGUUGAUAGGUCAUUGAUCUUUCUGGAUAGUUGUUCAUUAUGAUUAACAUCAUUUGUUUUUAAGGGGGGGACAAGAAAGCUGAGAGUAAGAAA